AUGAAAUAGAAUGAUGUUUUUACAAAACGAGAAACUCUUCGACCAAUUAAUACAUUGACUUGUUUUGAUUCUGCUCACACUAAUUCCUUAUACAUUCUGAAAAUGAAAGAGUUAACAGGAAUUUAUAAAUAGGAAAGCGAAUUACUAGAAGAAGAUCUUACUCAUAUGAAUUAAUUAAUUAACUCUUAAAGUGAAGAAAUUCAAAAUGAAAUUGAACCUCAAAUUCUAUAACUUAAACAUCUACUUUAAAAAUAGGUUGUUGAAUAUAAUCUUGAAAUGCAGGAUGAGAUUGCAUAAUUAGAAAACAUUAGAAACGAUAAUUUAGAUUUAGAAAAAGAAAUAUACAAAUUGCAAUAAAGUUUGACUUAAUUAGAUGAUCAUAUCGGAUAAUAGGUCCUAUAGAGAAAAUACGAUAUCAAAUUUUCAUGA